CGAUAACCGAGGUGUCCCGAAGGGCAAAAGUCACAACGGCGACAACACCCAACACCUAUGAACGAACCCGCACAGCGCCGUGUGAGGCAGUCUUUUGAUUGAUCGGCCAUCCAUCCCCCUUGCCAGCCUUGCCACUCUCGGGUUCGCCUGCCGCCGCGGCUCUCUGUUGAGCAACUGGUUUCGGCAAUUGAUCCGUUUUUCUUCCUUUCUUUUUGUCUGCCUUUCCUGUGUUUACCCCCCCUUUCUUUCCGUUAGGACGAGCACCAACCUAGACCACGCGCACCCGCCCGCCCGCGCACCCGCCCACGAUGGCGUCCCUCCGCUCCGCCUCCUCCCGGCUACUCGGGGCAGCAGCCGCAUCGACGCGCCGCCCCGUCCUGAGCGCCCUCAAGCCCGUGUGCGUGCGCGCCAUGGCCUCGGUGUCGUCGUCGUCGUCGUCGUCGUCGUCAGAGCCGGCCCCCUCGCAGGACGCCCGGCUCAAGUCGUUCCGGAUCUACCGCUGGGACCCCAGCAAGCCUACGGAGAAGCCGCACAUGCAGACGUACAGCCUCGACCUCAACAAGACGGGGCCCAUGGUGCUCGACGCCCUCGUGCGCAUCAAGAACGAGCUCGACCCCACCCUGACGUUUCGCCGCAGCUGCAGGGAGGGCAUCUGCGGCAGCUGCGCCAUGAACAUCAACGGCACCAACACGCUGGCAUGCUUGUGCCGCAUCCCCACUGAGGACUCGGCCGAGGUCAAGAUCUACCCACUACCACACACGUACGUGGUCAAGGACCUCGUGCCCGACCUCACGCACUUCUACAAGCAGUACAGGUCCAUCAAGCCGUACCUGCAGCGGGACACGCCUUCGCCAGAUGGCAAGGAGUACCGCCAGAGCAAGGAGGACAGGAAAAAGCUGGACGGGCUGUACGAGUGCAUCCUGUGCGCCUGCUGCUCGACGUCGUGCCCGUCGUACUGGUGGAACUCGGAGGAGUACCUCGGCCCCGCCAUCCUGCUGCAGUCGUACAGGUGGCUGGCCGACUCGCGCGACGAGCGCACCGCCCAGCGCCGCGCCGCCCUCGACAACUCGAUGAGCCUGUACCGCUGCCACACCAUCCUGAACUGCACCCGGACCUGCCCCAAGGGCCUGAACCCGGGCCGCGCCAUCGCCGAGAUCAAGAAGGAGAUGGCCUUUUGAGUGGUGGGUGGGAUUAGUUGGUUGGUAACCCCGGCGGGAAUGGCUGAGAUUAUUAAAAACGUGGUUAUCACUUUAUUUUUAUUAUUUUUUAUUCUUUGGGUUUCCCUGUACAACUCAAAGCCACUCGCUUUGAUUUCCCCUGAUGCACCAAAAUAUCCCUUGACUCUGCACCCCGAAAAACACCCGACACAAAGAUAAAGUGCACACUUCAUGAGUGCAGGGCGAUUCACACACAAAAAAAAGAAAGUGUUAAGAACAGAUGGUAACAUAUGGUCCCUGUUUUUAAUUAGUAGCAAAUGCCUGUCUACCAUCCCAACUUGAACCCCGGCCCCAGUUUUUAGUAUACGCGCUUGAACGGAGGCACAGCCUUGCACUCGCUCUC